AAUCACAGGUAUUUUCCCAGGAGGGCUAAAGGUUUGCCAGAGCGAAUAUGCAAAGUACCAUAAAGAAAGAAGUCCUGAGCAGUUUGCCCAGUGCUGAAGACCGAGAUCAUAGUCGAGGAAGAGGAGGCGAAUCGAACUCUUUCAAGUGGCUAGAGGCACGAAACGAACGCAACUUUAAGCCAGAUGUGUUUUCGAAGGAUCUGGGGGUCCACACGAGUAUGGAAUAAGCAAAGCAUGAGCACUUUUGUAGCUGAAGUCUUAUCGGGUCCUAGGUUGGUUGGUUGGUUGCUCGGUGGAAGACAUGGAUGGAUCACUCGAAGCGGUUUCGAAGGACAGACGAGUUAGCAGAUAUUCAGUAGGUGGUGAUGCGUUCAAGAUGGAUGCUCCCCUCAGUGCUUUAUGUCUCCAUUUUUGUUCUUGUCCGCCUCCCUUGUUCCUACUCGGUGAUGCAAGUGGACUACCGAGUCAAGGGCACCUUUUCCAUGACACAUACGCAUUCCGAGUUGAAACCAGAAGGUCUAACCUAGAGAGAAGUUUCUGCUGUGCCCAGUUUGCCUUCCCAUACUUCAGGAUCUGACCGUAUGUUGGAAGGUACUCUGCCACCUCAAUUCAUCGGCUGGUAUCGAUAACGUUAGCAGAACACGUUCGAGUGGAUGAAAAGACCAUGCAAUUCUUUGCAGUAAGGUAGGAUAGUCUCCAGGAGUUAUAUUGCUGAAGUCACCAAUUAAACAUCGUGUAGAAUGAAGGAAUAUGUGGAGAGUAGGGCUGAAUCAGCAGUGCAUUGACAACAUGAGAUGUAUGGGACCAUCGGUGUGGUGGAAACUUUGUC